GCCGAUACGAGGAGAUGAGGGCCGUCUUGCAACGGAUGACGAAUGCUCCCGUUCAUCUACCUUCGGGCUUCGUUCAACAUAGAUCUACUACGAGACCCGGCCUCAGCUUCGCAAGUGUACCGCAAUCCUGGCGGUGCAGCUUGGGCGGGGGGUUGUAUCAAAGCGCACCAGGGAUUGCGCCAGAUCAGAUUACAGAGAUCUCUGCCAUGAUCAACAACCCCGAAGAUGAAAUUGGUCGAGGCAGCGAAAGCAGCAGUACCAAGGACCAGCGAGACGGGGGCGUGAUGCGAAUCCUUUGUCCGGGGAACGAUGCGAGACUCCAAAGGGCGACGAUCGUGCUGGUCGUCGUGUGGUUCACGUUGAGCUACGGCUCGUAUGGGGUAGCCACGUGGAACAACCAGGUCUUUGCCGAUAUCGGGCUGUCCAACCCAUACCUCUGUUCUGUUAUCUACUCCCUCUCCGACCUCCCGGGAAAUGUAGCGUCCAUUUUUUGGGUUGAACGGGUGAGUGAAGGAACGUGCAAUAAGGAAUGUUCUGCUGUAGCAACGUGUCGUUUGAUUGCACUUGCCCCCGACUUCCUUAGCACCAAUCACCAAACAGCUCUUUUCCCGCCGGUCGUUUCGGCUUCUUAG